AUGCAUGAGUUGCCCAAAGACCUAGCUAAUUCGGUCCGCUCGUGGAGGGCAAGUAUAUAUAAAGAGCCAAGCGAUGUAGAGAAGGGUGACCAUGGUAUCAAAGAGCAUGACUAUGGUGAUAAGGACUUCGAGAGGGCAUUGAGUCCCGGCGACAGUUCGAUCAUACUGCACCCGACACGAUCCCAGCACGCACUCAAGCAGACUUCACAACCACCAACUCCUCAACAUCAGCUCCAGCACCAACCAUCACAACUACAGCUGCGGACACAGUCCCAAGGCCAGAGCCAGCCGCAACCACAAGGCAACACAAACAGCAACACCGCUCAAAGUCCAGCCAUAACCCGUCGACCCAAUGGCGGCCCAGCACCUCAAACUCCGGCUUCGGCCAAGAAAUCCGUCUUCACGGCACCAAAGGUCGACGACAUAGACCUUGCCGCUGACCGGCUGGAGGACGACCUCACGCCCUUAACGCCUGCCAACUUCUACGAACUUAUUGGAAUGAAAGCACCAAUAUCCAAGCAACAGAAUCCACGAGAUUUGACAAUUAAGCAUGGCUUAUAUGGGAGGAUAUGCGAGAGGCUGAACUACACGAACACGAUGUACAGGACGUUUGACAUACUAACCUAUAGCCUCCUAAUCUUACAACUGUUCUUGAGCGCAGUUUUUAUUGUGUUGGGAGGCUUGGCGAGGACAGAUACGCAUAUCGCCGUCGCCUGUCUGGGCGCCGUCAGCACGGUUGUAGCGGGCGCACUGGCAUUGAUGAAGGGAAAUGGGCUACCGAAUCGUCUACGACAGAGUAGAGAUAAUUUGAGGAAUGUGCAGUUCGAAGCAGAAGAGUUGUACUGGGACGUGGGAGCGGAUAAGGAAGUGAAAUACAAGGAUGUCAAGAAGUUGCGGGAGGACUUUUUACGGGUAAUGGAGGAGGCGAGGCGGAAUCAUCCGGAUACUUGGAACUCGUUUUCGAGUGGAGUGGCGCAGGGGAUCAAGACUGCGCCGGGGAAGAAACCGACCUUGAGUCCUGCUGCUCAGCCGAAGUUCUAG